CCACCGUAGGAGCCAGUUUGACUCUUCUCGCGAUAUUUCACAGACACCGAGAGAAAAAAAAAUAGUCGAAGUUGCGAUGCUAACGCCUUGUUAGCCUUGUUACUGACACUUUUCGCACCCGGCUGCAUGGAGGAGAAGACGGCUGACUGCUAUUAAGGCACAGUAACGUGUGGCCACGGAAGAGUUUUCAGAGAGGCUGAGGCUGGGAGCACCCCCUGCAGUCACCACCCCCGAUCAUCCUCUUCAGGGUGGAUUUGAAGAUGUAGCCAAGAGCGUGGGUGGGUCCUCUCUGUGUCUUCUCAUCGCCAGCCUCACUCUGGAGCACCCGACCAGGGCUGCCCAGUGCGUGACCCGGCCAUCCUCAGUCCGUCCCUGGUUGAAGCCCCUGCUUGUCCUCAGCGAUGCUGUUCUCCCUCAGGGAACUGGUCCAGUGGCUGGGCUUUGCCACCUUUGAACUCUUCCUCCACCUGCUAGCUCUGCUGGUCUUCAGCAUGCUGGUCGCUCUGCGAGCUGACAAGUUCACCCCGAUGCUGAGCUGGUGGCUGGUGUUCGUCCCGCUGUUUGCCGCCGACGGCCUCAGCACCUACUUCACGGCCAUAGUGUCCAUCCGUCUUUACCAGGAGAACGAGAAGCGCCUGGCGGUGCUGCGGCUCCUCUGGGUGCUGACGGUGCUGAGCCUGAAGCUGGUGUGCGAGGUGCUGCUGUGCCAGAAGCUGGCGGAGCAGGAGCAAGCCAGAGACCUGUGGUUCGGCCUCAUCGUCUCGCCGCUGUUCAUCCUGCUGCAGCUGCUGAUGAUACGAGCAUGCCGCGUCAACUGAGAGAAAAGCCUUUAGUGGUUGUGCUCGCACAUCAACAACAACCAACGACGCAGGAACGGAGAGCAAUCCUCAUCUGCUAUUAGAGAUUUAAAACAUAACGGUGGUGUCGUUUCUCUUUUGGCUCAUUGCCACCUUUUUUUAUCAUGCACAUGUUUCAGGUCUCACCAGAAUCCAGUUUUCCUUCAUUUGUAUUUCUAUUAUCUUCAGAAUCAACACACAUUUUCACUGCUCACUUAAGUUAGAGUAGUUUUAUAGUUUUUUUUUAAGUGGACAUUCCACUCUGUGUCGCUAAAAUCUAAAAUACACUCUAUGGCCAAAGUAUGUGGACACCAUGUCCAUAGAGAUUUGUGUAUGUUUAGUCUGGGGUGAUUCCUUUGUUCCAAUGAAAAAAUAUAUUAUUGCUGCAGUCUUGUGCCUCUUGUCCUGAGUUGACACAACAAUACCCCCAUACACAAAGCCUGCUGCACAGAGAAAUUGUUUUUCUAGUUUAGUUUUAGUGUAACUUCACUGUCAUGUUUAGAGCCCUCACCUCAACAUACAACACCUGUGGAAUGAAUUGUGAACCAGGUCUUAUCACCAGACAUCAGUAUUUCAGUAUGAAUCUUGGGGCUGAAUGGGGACAAAUCCCUGCAGCCAGGGUCCAACAUCUGGUGGAAAGCCUGGAACCGGAGUGAGACUGCUGUUCUAGUGUCACUGUCAACGCCAAUGAUUUUAGAAUGAUAGAAUGACCACAUACUUUUGGCCAUGUAGUCUAAACAUACUUAAUGAUACAUACAUUAGAGCUACAGUGCACCUGAUGUUGAUUCUGAAGACUGAAUGGAAGUGGAUUAUAACUAGACAAUGAAGACCAAUCAAUUACUUGUUUGUUGUUCUCUGAGCCCCCCUAUCCACCCGGAUGGAUCGUGGCAAAGAGUCAGAGCAGUAAAUGCGUGUUUUGGACACGGUGUGCCUUUUACAUUGUGCAAUCAAUGGUAGACAAUGAGGCAUGAGGAAAAUUUAGACCAGAGUUAUGUUUUUUAAUGCACAUGUGCACACAACACAUGUAAAUUUACUAAACUGGUGAAACCAAAAGGCUGUCUAUGCCCCAGGCACCUUUCUGUCAUGGCUAAUAGAGCUGAAGGAAACGCUGCAGCUGCUUUCCCCAGAGGAGGGCAUCACUCGCCAGCACAUUUUGGUUAGGUUUAUAAUCUUAUGUCUCACUUUGUUGCCUGUUGCUGGGAGUAUCGCUCACACAAUUCCCUCCCCCCCACUCGAGUCGCCUGGCUUGUCGGUUCCAUCACUGAGAACGUUCUGAACGGCAACAAGCCGGUUCUGAAACUCGUCAGCUCACAGGCUCACCCUAACGUAGAAGAACUGAAUGUGAUUUCUACAAGCAGUCAAUUGUGUUGCACACGUCUUCCCUUGAUAUUGCUGUUUAUUUGUACAAUAUGUAAUGUAUUAAAUCUGUUCAAUCCAUGUGUAUGUACUGCAUGUAUUUAAGGCCUCCAUUUUAAGGUCAUUCCUGAUGUGAAAUUCAGUGUAAUGUGUAUAUGUUGAUUUUUGGAAAGAAUUUCUUCAAAUCUUAUUUAUGUUCUUAUGUUCUUCUUAUGGCACCCUUGUUGUCAUUUGUAUAUACAUGUAAAUAAACCAUCCACCUUUAA